AUGAAGGCUAUCGCGGCCCUCGCUCUCGUUGGCGGUGCUCUCGCUGCCCCGACCAAGACGGUUGAAAGCCGUCAGCUCCCAGGAAUGGGCUCCCUCCCCGGCCUCGAGAACGGAGUGACUCAGAACUCCGGCUGUCAGGAGCUGACCUUUAUUUUCGCCCGCGGAACAAGUGAAAUGGGAAACAUGGGAUCGGUCGUUGGACCCCCCGUCGCCAAUCAGCUGGCCUCUUUGACCGGAAACAAGGUCACCGUGCAGGGUGUUGAUUACCCUGCCGAUGCUGCUGGAAAUGCCAUGAUGGGCGCAUCGGGUGGACCUAAGAUGGCCGAGCUCAUCCAGCAGGCCAAGAAGCAGUGCCCGAACACCAAGAUCGUUCUGGGUGGAUACUCCCAGGGAGCUAUGGUCGUGCACAACGCUGCCAGCAAGGUCGGCGCCGAUGCCAUCUCCGGUGCUGUUUUGUUCGGUGACCCGUUCAAGACACAGGGUGUUGGCCAGCUCGCCUCCUCUAAGGUGAAGGAGUACUGUGCUUCUGGGGACCCCGUUUGCCAGAACGGUAUGAACUUCAUGGCUCACCUGUCUUAUGGUUCCAAUGCCCAGGAGGCCGCUCAGUUCUUGGUCCAAGCGGCUGGCCUGUAG